AUCAAAGUGAUAUAUGCCUACGGAGAAGCAGAUCCAGAUGGAGAGGAUCCAUAUUAUCACGGAAUCGACAACAGGGGAACGAAAUCCUUGUAUCUACUCGACCCUCCACUAGGUGAGAUCCCGGACGAUCCUUCGAUCAAGGAAUGGAUUGUGAGCAGGGAAAUGGUUAUUCCGGAAGUAGAUACGACUUAUUGGUGCUCCAUCCAGAAGACACCCGUAGUGGACGUCACAAACCACAUCAUCGGCUACAAGCCAUACGUGAAGCCAGGGAAUGAGAAGCACGUGCAUCACCUGCUCCUUUACGCCUGCAACAUCCCUGAUGAGCUGGUGGACGUGUUCAACUCGUGGGCGGAGCAUGACGGGGUCCUGUGCUACGGUCCCGAUCACCCUCAGGAAUGGUAUCUGUGUCGAAGCAUACUCAUUGCAUGGGCUGUGGGUGGUGAGGUACGAUGA